UGACCUGACACAAGCACAAGUGACAACAGAGAGCGUACAGACGACUUGAGUCUGCAGCUACAGAGAGGGGAAACUUUCAUUUUAACUUUAAAAUGAACUAACAGUGGCUGGCUUUAAAAACUAAAUGAUGACGCUUUACUAAACGGACAUUUGUAGGUUAAAGUUUUGAAUGCUUCCAGUGUGUCAUCAUGGAGGAAGACUCGGACACGAGGGAAAUCAUGUCGUCAGACACGCUGAGGCCGCUGGAGGAGCAGGAGGCGCUGGAGGAGCAGGCGGCGCUGGAAGAGCAGGCGGGAAGCCGCUCUGGCUGUUCCGGGACUCCUCCAUUCGCAUGUCCGCUCUCAGUCACUGUCGAGCCCGUGCUCUUCCUCUCCAUGUUCUCACUGGCACUGCAGAUGCCACUUUACACGCAGUACCUCUGGGAUCGCAUUAGCGAGGAUGUGGGCUAUAACGGCACGAGAAGAGGAGGAGGAGGAGGAUGUGGUAAUUCAUCUGCUGAACACGAGCCGCUCCAGAAGGAGGUGGAAGCUCUAACUGCACAGUGGAACUUGUACAUCAAUCUGGGAGGAUAUCUUGUGGGCCUCUUCGUUGUGAUCCUGCUCGGCUCGUGGAGUGACCGAGCAGGACGGCGUCUCAUCUUGAUUCUUCCCAGUUUAGGUCUGGCUGUCCAGGCUGCUGUCUACCUGACUGUCAUGUACCUGAAACUGCCUGUGGCGUGGUUCCUAUUGGGACGAAUCUGCAGUGGUUUGUCUGGGGAUUUCAAUGCCAUUCUGGCUGGCUGCUUUGCUUAUGUGGCUGACAUCAGUGACAAGCGUUUUCGAACAUUUCGUGUGGCGAUACUGGAGGCAUGUCUGGGGCUUGCUGGGAUGUUUGCAAGCAUAAUUGGGGGCAAAUGGCGACAUGCACAAGGGUAUAUCAACCCUUUUUGGCUUGUGCUGGCCACAAACCUGGCCACGGCCCUCUACGCUUACCUCUUCGUACCCGAGUCAGUGACUCCGGACCCUGGGGCAAGGCUGUUCUCCACUCAGCACCUCAGAGCUGUCUAUAAUCUAUAUGCAUCUGGAGGACAAGGAGGACACAGGACCAGACUCUGGCUCUACACCCUCUGCUUCUUCCUGGUGGUCACAGUGCAUUUUGGAUCACGGGAGCUGUACGUACUCUAUGAGCUGAGUACACCUCUGUGCUGGGAUUCUGAGCUAAUUGGGUACGCUUCGGCCGCUCAGCACAUGGCCUACCUUACCAGUCUGCUAGGCCUGAGGGUCUUACAGCGCUGCCUUGAUGACUCAUGUGUGGCCAUCCUUGGCCUGGUGUCCAACAUAGCUGGCUUGGUGGUGUUUUCAUUUGCAAACACUACAGGUCUCAUGUUCACAGGAUACGGCCUGUGUUUUCUCCUUAUGGCUUCCACCCCAGUCCUGAGAUCCAAACUGUCCAAACUAGUGGACCCUUCAGAGCAAGGUGCUCUCUUUGCGUCGGUGGCUUGUGUAGAGGGUCUGUGCUCACUGGUGGCCAGCGGAGUUUUUAACUCGCUCUACCUCGCCACCUUACACAUGAUGAAGGGACUUCCUUUCCUCUUCGGAGCCAUGCUCCUUCUCUUUCCUGCUGGAAUAAUUGGGGCCUUGUGGUUCAGAGAGAGGAGGAUCAUUAAUGGAGAAGCUGCAGUGAACUGAUACUGGCUGUGCAAAAUCCUUGACCUUGAAAAAGAGAAAAAAGACAACCAUCUCAGUCCCAGACUCUGUUUUAUGCAAAAUGUCUAUGUUUACUGCUCAGAACAUUUUGAUGAAACUUUUUUUUUCAGUAGAAAUCCCAUGAUGUGUGAUAUAAAGGAAUAAUGGGUACUUUAACUGUAUUAACAGUUAAGCAGUUUUAACUGUGACUUUUGACAUUUUAUAUUUUUUGAACAGCUGUACGUCUAAUAGAAGGCUAUGGGAUUUCGAUAAAUUGCACUAGUCUUUUUUUUAUUAUUAUUUUAUAAUCAAUUCCAGCAUUAUGGAUGUGAUCUUUGCACUCAUGUUGGCUAGCAAGAUGUCUCACAGCAGAUAUAAGCUUAGGAUCAGUGAGUCAGUUUGUACAUGUUGUCAUUUAACCUCUUGAGUACAAUGAAGAGAAAUCUUAAAGUAUUGAUGUACAUGUUUCUCAUACACACACACACACACACACACACACACACACACACAGUAUGGCCAAAAUUCUGUAGACACCUGACCAUCUCACCCAUAUGUGGGCCUUCCCUAAACUGUUGCCACAAACCUGUUCUAGCAUAUUAAUGCACAUGGUUUUUGAAUGGGAUGUUUAGUACUCAGGUGUCCACAUACUUUUAACCAUAUAGUGUAAUUAUAAACAGAUAACUACUACGAUCAUUUUAUUUAAAAUGUUAGUAAGUUGCUAUGGGAUAAGAAGAUUUUUUUUCAUACAACAGCACACCAUAUCCUAUUUUAUUGCUUACAUAUUACCCAAUAUUCCAUGAUAUUGACUCAUGAACAGCGUAACAGUGCCGUAGCAGUCUGGGAAUACAGAGUUACACGGGGUCUGAGAGCAUGGCCUGAAGUCCCUUAAGGAGUUUCGGAUAACAGCUACAGUCUCAACACAGGACACAGGUCUCCUAAAAAAAAACACAAUCACAAAGGUUCGCACUCGCUGGGGAUGUUCUUAUGGUAGCAACAUGGAUCACGAUCAUCUGCCGUUCCGACUUAGUCUGAUUAGAUCAGUACCUUGUGAGAAUUCCCAGUUCUCCACAAGUUCAGAGAAGUAGGGACAUUUUCAGAGAGUAACUCAGCAAGUAUUGGCUGUAUGCAGUAGGUACAAAAGGAAACAAUACAUUGAUACAGUUGAAAUAAAAGUGUAUUUGCUUCCUAUUAACAGAAAGUUAAUAUUGUGCAGUUAUUUCCUGAUAACUUGGCCUGUUCUCUCAGUGGUUUUCUACAUCAAACAUACAUUUAAUAUAUAAACUUGAUCUUUAAAUAUUAAGGCAGCAGCUCAGAAGAGGGUAAAGCUAUGAACACUGUAAGAAAUGUUAAGAUCACUGAUACUGUAGGUGUUUAAGAGCUUAUUGUGAUUGUGUGAAGAGUGUAUGAUGCUGUAUAUAACAGCAAAUAUAGAAUUUGCCUACAGGUGCACAACUGUACAUUGGGUUGUGGCGACAAGAUCUAAUUAUUAUUUCCGCAAUACUGCAUGUGAUAUUGUAGCUAGGUCUGAGUCAAGUAGCCACUUAUUGUGUAACGAAGUAACAAUGUGUUUGAAAGCUUGUAUAGGUUUCAUGUUUUUAAAUUGAACAAAUUUCUGCAAAGGGGCAUUGUUUCAACUGUAUAACAAAAAGGAAAGUUAGAGUUUCAUGCUAAUUUGACCAGGUAUGGUAUCGUAGCAGUUAUUUUCAUACAUCAACCCAAUUACAUGACUUGUUUUUAUGUAGUGAUCAGGUGUUCAGCAUUAAUGUCCUUGUAUCAUAUUCAGUACAAGAAACAAUUCAAGAAAGUGAACAACCAUACCACAUACUGCAGUAUGUUACCAGG